CCUUGUACAUUCUAUUCAAGAACCCUCUCUUGUGCUUCCUGUGAAAGAAGUCAAAUUUUUUCACAAGAGAGUCAUGGCCACAUCAUGUGUCAUGUCAGUGCUCUCCCUUUCCUUUACAUUUCUAGCUCUUUCUGCUGCACAAGAACCCACAAUGCCACCUUCUAGCAUGGCAGCCCCACCGACAAUCGCCAUGCCACCUUUUAUGUCACCACCAGCACCAGUGGCAUUUCCUCCAACAAUGAGUCCUGGUCCAUCAGUUAGCUCAUCACCAGCCCCAGGUGCACCUGAUAUGGCACCCCUCAUGCCUGCCUCUCCUCCUGCACCCAUGGGACCGGGGCCUGUGUCAUCACCGGCUCCUGCACCUACUCAUGCUGUGUUGCCAUCAAGUGCUUUUGUGCAUGGAAGUAGCAUGGCCAUGGUAGCACUUAUUGGGAGUGCAGCACUCUUCUUCUAACUUGAUGCUCAUUAUCUUUCACAUUUGCUGUAGAUUGAAAAUAAUUUACCUGUUUGUGUAUUCUUUAUUGCAUUUUAAUAUAUUUUACAGUGUUGUUUUUCAUUAUUGUUGUUUCACUUUGUCCUUGAUUCUUGAGGAUCAUUCAUGUGUGUGAGUUUAAGGAACAAUGAGGUGUCAUUUAUCAACUUUUAUUUGUUACAGCUAUCGUGUAACAUUUUCACUCAGUUUAAUAAAAUACAUUGUUCUUACA